CUCCCCCUCCCUCCACCCCCUUCUAAAUUAACGCGAGUUUGUUUUGAAUUAAUCGUAAGCGUCGCAAACUUCGCGUUGACCAACGUGCCUGCAAGCAACCCGCGCCGGUUGUGUGACUUGUUACGACGUCCCCCACGCCAACCACAACCCCCCCACUCACGCCGCCGCGAGGUUUGAGAUUUUGUGGAGCGAGGCGCCGAGCGUGGCACGCCGCCCCUGCUGCUUGCCGGUUUUGUGAAAGAGAAUCACACAGCGCGUACACCUGGAAUGGCCAAUCAAGACAGAGCAAUGGAGUCGACUGAAUCGACGGAAGAGGUGGAUGAAGUGUACGUGGACUUCGUUCACGGUGACUCAAAUGCCACAGAUGCGAUCGCGCUAUCUGCGAAGAUGAUGCAGGAUCCUCAGGCGCUCGCGGCCAUGCAGGAACGAGGGGAUACACGUACCACGUCGCCCUCCGUCUACAUGGAGAGUUUGCCCAAGGUUGUGAAGAGGCGCGUGAACGCGCUGAGGAACCUGCAGGUUAAGUGCGCGCACAUCGAGGCCAAGUUCUACGAGGAGGUGCAUGAGUUGGAGAGGAAGUAUGCCGCCCUCUACCAGCCGCACUUCAACAGGAGGCGAGAGAUCGUGAGCGGUGAGAUUGAGCCCACAGACCAGGAGUGCGAGUGGGUGGAGGAGAAAGAUGAAGAUGCAGAACUUGCUGACGAAGUGAUGGAGAAGGUGAAACUGAGCGAGGAGCAGAAUGAUGCCGAGAGUGCCAACCCCAACGGUAUUCCCGAGUUCUGGCUCACGGUCUUCAGGAACGUCGAUCUGCUCAGUGACAUGGUGCAGGAACACGACGAGCCUAUCUUGAGGCAUCUGCAUGACAUCAAAGUGAAGUUCUCAGAGCAAGGGAUACCGAUGAGCUUCACGCUGGACUUUUGCUUCAGCCCCAAUGAGUACUUCACGAACGCUGUGCUCACAAAAACAUACGUGAUGAAGUCUGAGCCCGACGCCAGCGACCCCUUCUCCUUCGAAGGGCCCGAGAUCGUCUCUUGCACAGGGUCCCAGAUCGACUGGAAGAAGGGCAAGGACGUGACAGUGAAGGUGAUCAAGAAGAAGCAGAAGCACAAGGGCCGCGGCACAGUGCGCACGCUCACCAAGACCGUGCCCAACGACUCCUUCUUUAACUUCUUUAAUCCCCCGCAAGUGGCUGAAGGAGAAGAGCUGGACGAGGACUCGGAGGUGAUUCUGACGGCCGAUUUCGAGAUCGGUCAUUUUUUCCGAGAACGCGUGGUGCCGAGGGCAGUGCUCUACUUCACGGGAGAGGCAAUCGAGGAUGAGGAGGAGUAUGAAGAGGAGGAGGAAGAAGAUGAAGAGGAUGGCCAGGAGGAAGAGGGGGAUGAAGAAGAUGACGAGGAUGAGAAGAAAUGAAACGUGAGACGCUUUGGUGCACGCUCGCUCGCUCGUUCGCGCGCGCACGCGCCCGCGUGUAUGUGUGUGUGUAAGCGAUUCGGCACCCCCUCGCCGAGCUGCCCCCGUGGUAAUGGUGAUGGCGUUACGUUUGGCAGGCUAAUGAGUGGCGCUAUAUAUAGCCCGCUUGCCCUGUGCUGCGAUACAUUAGACGUGGUUGAGCGUGACAACGUGAGCUCGAUUAUUUUUGGAGCGAGCUGUUCGGCGCUAAUUGCUACACUCGAGUGCUGAUGACUCCCGUUGUUUAUUGCCGCCGCCGUAAUGCUCGUUUUUAGGAUUUUAAACGGGUGAAGGUGAAGCCCUGCUUUUCUUAGCUCACGCCACCGCUGGUGGGAGGGCCCUGCACUCGAGAGGGACGCCACGGUGGCGAGAUGUUUAAAUACCUCGCCUGGUGUACAGGAAGUCGUGGGUUCGAUCCCUUCCCUGGCGCCUGCUUCGUAUUUAGUGUUUGCGCGUUUCCCCGUGGUCGUGUGGAUUAUUCUCCGGGUCCUCCGGUUUUACCCUCCACAUUUAGAAUCGGCAAGCGUUUUUAUUGUUCAGAUUGUUUUACUUGCGAUACAUUUGCACGCGAUAACCUGCUCAGUUGAGCUAUCAUUUGUGAUCAGGUCGUUUCUGAAAGAGCUACAGUGAGGGAAAAAAGUAUUUGAU